ACGGAUACGCGCACUCCAGUCUCCGUCCUCUGCUAGACAUGGCGGCGGAUCUAAACCCGGACUGGCUCUCCUGCCUGCCUUCUUCUUGGAGUUAUGGGGUUACUCGGGACGGAAGRAUAUUCUUCAUCAAUGAAGAAGCCAAGAGUACGACCUGGCUGCAUCCCGUCACCGGAGAGGCCGUCAUAACGGGGCACAGAAAAACCCCAGAUUUACCAACGGGAUGGGAGGAGGGAUAUACGUUCGAAGGAGCCCGCUGCUUCAUCAAUCACAAUGAGCGGAAGGUGACCUGUAAGCAUCCAGUCUCUGGUCUUCCUUCACAAGACAACUGCAUCUUUGUCGUCAACGAACACGUGACUUCUGCAAAGCUUGUCCACCCUGUAACAGAUCCUGGUACUGUCAACCCUGUCACAGUCAACCCUGUCACAGUCAACCCUGUUACAGUCAACCCGGUUACACACCCGGUUACAGACCCUGUAUCAAACAGGCCUAAGGCUCCAGAGCAGGCUCCAUCAGAGGAGAGCGACCGGGUGAAGAAGGAGCGCCCGAUGAGCACCAUGAGCGAGGCGUCUAACUACACAGGAGGGUCAGACUACAGCACCUACCCUGGCAGCAGCCCUGCCACCCGGCCUUCAAGGUCUUACAAAAAGGUCCACAACUUUGGCAAGAGGUCCAACUCUAUUAAGAGGAACCCCAAUGCCCCGGCGGUCAAGAGCAACUGGCUUUACAAACAGGACAGCACGGGCAUGAAGCUAUGGAAGAAGAGGUGGUUUGUGCUGUCUGACAUGUGCCUGUUUUACUACAGAGAUGAGAAGGAGGAGGGCAUCCUGGGUAGUAUCCUGCUGCCCAGCUUCCACAUCUCCAUGCUGUCUGUCGACGACCACAUCAGCAGGAAAUACGCCUUCAAGGCGACCCACUCCAACAUGAGGACAUACUACUUCUGCACAGACACGGCCAAAGACAUGGAGUCCUGGAUGAAAGUGAUGACGGACGCAGCCCUGGUCCACACAGAGCCAAUCAGAAGACUGGAUAAGUUGAAGGUGGACCGCUGCUGUCCCCAGGAGGUGAACAACAUCCUGAACCACAACCGGGUUCUGACCCGACCAGAGAUCCAGAACAACGAGAGGAACCUUGAGCCGCGCCAGCCCUCCAUUACCCGCAGCAUGGACCGCACAGAUGGGGACAGGAAACACAAAGACCCAGAGAAACACACCCUCCAGAGAGAGCGGGAACGCUACACCCUGCAGAAAGACGGAGAGAGAUACUCCCUUCAGAAAGACGGGGUGAGCUACACGCUGCAGAGAGACGGAGAGAGGUACCUGUUGCAGAAAGACGGCGAGCGGUACGCCCUCCAAAAAGACGGGGAGCGGUAUUCCUUGCAGAAAGAUGGAGGCGAACGAUAUUCUGUGCCUAAAGAUGUUCAGAUGGAGAAAUACGCACCUCAGAAAGACGGGGAGAAGUACUUGGUACAGAAGGAUGGAGAGAGAUAUGCACUGCAAAAAGAAGGAGAGAGAUACACCCUCCAGAAAGAUGGACAGAAAUACAACCUCCAGAAAGGGGUAGAAAGGCAAACGUCUAUGACUGAGAAAGAUCGGUCAGAUCGUUAUGGGACCCUUGAUGAAAGACAGAAGUAUAAAACCCUACGGGAAGGGAGUAAGUGUGGUACCCUGCGGGAUGGAGAGAAGCAUGGGACGCUCGAUAAGUAUGGUAACCUUAGGGAAGUGGAUAAGUAUGGAACCCUCCGUGAAGGGAACAAGUAUGGAUUCCAGAGGGAUGGCAGUGCUGAGAGGCCUCUGACUAAAAUCAACAGCAUCAAGCUCCAACCAGCCCAGGCAGCAGCCAUCGCAGCAGCAGUUACAGCCUCCCGCCAGGUACAGGUCUCCCAGCACAUGGCCCCACAUCAGGUCAACGGCUCUGGGGAGCGGGCUGGGGACCAAAGCCCAGGGGAGGUGGUAGGUACCCUGUGCAGAGGAGCAGGGAAGGCCCAUGACCCGCCUCAGAACCAGCAGGCCCAGGAGCCAGAGAAGAGUCUGACCAGAACCAACUCCAUGAGGCAGCUGGAGAACUGGGUUAGGACCCAGAGGACACAAGAGGAUGACGAUACCAGGAGGUAUGGGGGUGACAAUGGACUAGACACACCUAAYUUUGUCAAGUACACAGAAGCCAACUGCACAACAGAGGUGGGCUUUGUGCUCUUUGCUGCGACUGGCCUGGGAGUCCUGUUCUUCAUGCUGGUGGUGCUGGUCCAUAAUCUGGCCGGUCCUUACCUCCUCCCCCUCUACUACAUCACCCUUGGCUGGCUGUCGGAGGCGAUGCGAUCAAACACCAGGGGGCGCUACCACUACGAUGCGUUUGUCUCCUACAGCGGGAAGGACGAGCGCUGGGUGGUGGAGGAGCUACUACCCAACCUGGAGAAGAGGGGUCCCCCUUUCCUGCGCCUCUGUCUGCACAGCAGGGACUUCCAGCUGGGGAAGGACAUUGUGGAGAACAUCACAGACAGCCUCUACCGGAGCCGACACACCCUCUGCCUAGUCAGCCACCACUACCUGCGCAGUAACUGGUGYUCCCUGGAGAUGAAGCUGGCCACCUCCAGGCUGCAGGUGGAGCAAAGGGACAUCCUCCUCCUGGUCUUCCUGGAGAAGAUCCCCCCUUGCCGGCUAUCUCCCCACCACAGGCUGGCUCGCCUUGUCAAGACUAGGACCUAUCUGGACUGGCCCCAGGACCCCCAUCAGCACCAGGCAUUCUGGGACAGACUAUCACCUCCUACCAGACCUUGCCCCGCAACAUGCCCAGCCACCGUGCAGAUCGUUCCCCGCUACCUGAGGGGGGUGGCCCACUCCAUCCCCACAUCCCCCUCCCAUGGAUCCCUGGCCCUCUACCACACCUUCUCCCCUCCGGGCCAGCACCGCAGAGACAACCCACCAGGGUCAACCAGGUCUGAGGUGUCCUCACCCGUCUUCAGAGGGGACCAGACUAUGACUAUAGACCGCAGGCACAGGACUCACCUCACCAAGUAUAACUACCCACCUGACCGCCGGUCCAUGCCAGCAGGCMUCCCAGUGCAGACCAUUACCCCACAGUCACUACAGGGCAAGACGCCAGAGGAGCUGACCCUGCUGCUCAUAAAGCUGCGUCGGCAGCAGGCGGAGCUCAACAGCAUCCGGGAGCACACUGUGGCUCAGCUAAUGAUCCUUAGCAUGGAGGGGCCCAACGCGAAGAGUGAGGUUCUGUCCCAUCACCUUCAGAGGAACCUCAUGUACCUGGACAGCCAGACGAAGGACAAUGAGCCGUUAAUCUUCAUGAUUCACACUAUGAUUGAGGACUCUGCUCCAAGGCCUCAACUGUACCAGCAAAUCAGCCCUGAGGAAUACAAAGACAACUCCUACAGCCACCAGAGGCCAGAGGACAUCGACAUAGACGUAAGACCAAGUCCUUUUAUUAGUGUCUUGUCUAGACUAGCACACUCACAGCUGGGAACUGAGACUCUCUCCCUCUCAGACAGCAGCUCUAGCCUGCCCUCUAGGGUCCUGGGAGUGGCGGUACACACUUUUGAUGGUGGCGAUGCUAUGAWAAUGUUUKGUUGGUUCUUUGCCUGUGGUUCUGUUUGUGUUUUUGUGUGWAGUCGUCAGACAAAUGUUAGCUGYAGAUGUUGUGAUGACCUGUGUCGUUGUCUUCUUCUUCYUGUCUCUCUGCAGCACACCCUGGAGACGGCUUUGCUGUCUGCCAGUCAGGAGAUAGAGCAGAGCUCUGACAACCCAGCGGCCAUACAGAGCCUUAUACAGCAGAGAGACGUACUGCAGAAUGGACUGCUCAGUACCUGUAGAGAACUGGCACGGGUCAACACUGAGUUGGAGCGGUCGUGGAGGGAGUAUGAUAAAAUGGAGUCUGGCGUCUCUCUGGCCAAAACAAACCUGUUGGAACAGCUAGAGGCCCUGGGCAGCCCACAGACAGAACCUCCCAGCCAGCAGCAUGUCCAGAUCCAGAAGGAGCUGUGGAGGAUCCAGGAUGUGAUGGAGGCUCUGGCCAAGAACAAACCCCAGAGGACCACUGACACUGGUUUCCUUGGUUCCAAACCCAUCUCAAACCUACAGAAGAACGAGCCGGUGACCUUGUUCCGGUCACUCUGUUCUCUCACGGAGGGUAACCGUCAGCCCCCCCGCCCGCCCCUCCCCCAGUCCUACGGCUCAACAGAGCGCCCUCCCGCUGUACCCCCCCUUCCCUCCCCCUCGGGCGCCCGUCCGCCACCACACACAAGCAAGCACGGCCAGAGGAACGGAACACACAGCAGUCAAGGCCCAGACUACCGUCUGUAUAAGAGUGAACCAGAGCUGACAACUGUGGCCGAGGAGGUGGACGAUAACAACGGAGAGGACAAUGACAAGGACAGACUACAGACGGGGCUGACCACUGACAAGGAGCCUGCGGCCACUAAAGUCCCAUUAGGAGUACMAGUCUACCCAGUGGGUAUCGUGCCCCCCAGGACCAAAUCCCCCAUGAGCCCCCCAGAGUCCUGCACCAUCGCCUCCUACGUCACYCUGAGGAAGAGCAAGAAGCCUGACCCCAGGACUGAGCGUCCUCACAGUGCCGUGGAGCAGACGUGCGGACCGGGGGAGAGGGAGAGCGGCAGAGCCAGGAUGAGUGUCGAGGAGCAGCUGGAGAGGAUCAGGAGACACCAGCAGGCCUCGCUCAGGGAGAAGAAGAGAAGUAGCAGCAGUAUCUCCCCCUCACGCUCUCCAUCCUUCUCCAAGGAGAACCCCUUCGCUACACAGGUCAAGCUGGAGGUGUUCUCCACAGACACCCAGGAGCUGGAGGCAGCACUGCAAGACCUGGAGCAGGUCAGAGACCGAGUUACAGAGCAGCUGGAGAGGGACAGGACUGCAGCCGUGGCGCUGGAGAGGGACMGAGGUGCAGAACUGGAGCUGGAGAGGGACAGGGCUGCAGCAGCUGCUGAAGAAGAAAUGGAGAGGGGUCGAGCUGCAAUAGAAAAGCUGGAGCGAGACAUGACUGAGGUGGCUGCAGUGGUGGAGCAGGAGAUGGCCAGGACUGCUGUGGCUGUAGAAGAGGAGAUGGCCAGGACUGCUGUGGCUGUAGAAGAGGAGAUGGCCAGGACUGCUGUGGCUGUAGAAGAGGAGCUGGACAGGGCUGCAGAAUUGGAGAUGGAGAGAGACCGGGUCGCAGUGGCAGCAGCUGCAGAAGAAUUGGAGAGGGCUAGAGCUGCAGCUGAAGAACUAGUCAGAGAGAGGACUGCAGUGUCUUCAGAAGAGGCGCUGGAUAUUGACGAGGCUGCAUUGGUGGAGCUGGAGAUGGAAAUCACUGUGGUGGAGGAGAUCAGCUACAGAGCUGAGGAGGUGGAUGUCAUCCCUGUCCCCAGGCUGAGUGAGGAGGAGCCACAGCCCCAGACGGAGAGCUCCAACAUGGACACAGAGGUGUCAGAGACCCAGAUGAUGGUGAUAUCAGAUCAGGGUGUGAAGCCCCUGUAUGUACAGUACCUGAUCCCUGGACAACAUCAACAGCASGGGGAGAGGGAGACAGAGAGGAGAAACACCCACACUCCYAACACCCUCAUUCCCCACAACAGUUUGCCAGCUGCUGUGUCAGAAGCACUGACUCCUGAACUUGAGGAGGACGUGAUGCAGAGUGAGGUGAUGCAAGGGGAGGCCCCGGAGCAUGAGACCCAGGGGAACAACAUUAACAGAUCCUAUGAACUACCAGUAGAGGGAGCUAAACUCAACAACAACCUGAUGGCAGUGAAAAGCCUGCCCUUUCCGCCCCAGUCCUCCUCCUCUCCCUCUCCUCCAUCUCCUCCUCAACUCACUGACGGAUCCCACUUCAUGUGUGUGUAGACGUGUCGAGGAGGUGGUUCUGUGAACUGAACUACACUCACACAGACAUUGACCUUGGUGAGCAGUGACUCAUAAGCGAUGCCAGCCUGGAGACCCAAGAUGGCAUCCUACAGAGCCAUGAUGGCACCAGCCAGCCUGCACAGAGCAUGCCCAGUAGCUCUCUGUAUGUAUAGAAACAACUGUAGCCAGACAGACAGAAAGAGUAGAUCCACAGGCCUGCUCGUAUUACUUACUGCCUGCCUACACAAUAACUGUGAUGCAAAACGUUUUCAUUCACACAGAGAUAUCAGAGGACAAGAUGGUAUUACCAGAGUGAUAAUUGAUGAUGAUUAUUAUUACAGGUACUAUGAUGGUCUGUUAUUUUGGACAUGUUCUGUGAGGAUGUCUUGAGUGUCUAUGAGCUGAGCACUGCUGUAACGAGGAGAGGACUGUACAGUUGUAAAUAAGAGCACUAGAGGAGUCUCAUACUGGGAAGAUCUCAAUUGCAUACUCCUUGCGUCCUGUCUCUUUCUCAAAUCCCACUGGUGGAGAAGGUCGGAGGGGAAGGAUAUCUGGCUUUCUCAUCUAAUGGGUUUUGAGAAGGAGACAAGGACCUGAGGAUGGGAGGAGUAUGCAUUUGAGGUCUUCCCACAAUCACACACUAUUGAGAGGGCGAAGCACCGAAUCUACACACACUAAGGCAGUGCUUUCCUUUAACCACACGGGGGCGCCAUAUGCUCUUGUCUUUUUUACUGGUUUUACUCCCAUUUAAGUUUUUAACCUGAGGCCCUAAAUGUUUCAUUUUCCACAUAUUUUCCACCGCACAUUCCGUCAUUGUUCAAAGAAGUUGUUAAUAUAUACAUAUAUAAAACAUAUAGAAUGAACUAACUAUACAAUGGGUUUAUACUUCAAUAAGGUGCCACCCUAUUGCUGCUGUUGGACAGAGUUUAAAUAUUUUAUAAAGGUUGUGUUUAUUUAUGUCGGGAGGAUCGGGAUCUGGUCGCCGCUGACAACCACACGUAAAUGUCCUGGGUUAGAAUCGAUCUGCUUCUCUGUUUUUUCUACGGCUGAGAUAUAUUUAAAGUAAAAUAUAGAAGAGAGAUAAAAUAGUUUUAUGAGAUUAGGGUUGUGUGUUAGAUUCUGUCUGGUUGUGUGGAGUCCUGGACAGAGAGAAGAGAAUAGCACAUGUAUAAGCAAUAAGCAGGCGUUUUGUUCCCCCAGGACGUUAAAAUAUAAUGUACAUAAAUGUAAAGUUUCAUUGUGUAAAUGAUGUACACCAUAGAAAGAGCAGAGCAGAAAUUAUAAGUCUGAGGUUAUUAUUAUUAGAGUUAAUAUGAAAAAUGUUCAUAUCUCAUCUGUUUUAUAUCAUGUGAAAUAAAUGUUGAUGUUCUUAAA